GUAGAAAUGGCGCUGGUGGCGUUAGCAUAGUUAGCUGAAGAAGCCAGGAGAGGAGGAUUGGUGGAAGAGGCGGAAGCGAGAGAGAAGGGAAGAAACGAGGCGGUGUAUCCCGGUGGAGGCGUGGCAUCCUGCAGGCCACGCCCACUCUGCCCCUCCCACCACAGACGUCCAGCAAAUAUUUUCUGUACAAUCGAGAGGUUUUUCUUUUGCAAAGAGAAGCAAUCAUUCAGAACCGGAAGAAGCAAAACUGCCCUGAUGGACGAACAGAAGGAUCCAAAAGGUCCAAAUAUCAAGCAGGAACCGGAGGAGCUGCUGGAUCAACAUGCUGACGAUCUGCAGAUUAAAGAGGAAGUGGACGAAUUCUGCACCAGCCAGGACGAAGUCGAGCUGGUUCUGAAGGAGGAGACGGACCCUCUGGGGGUGAAUACUGCUGACCCGUAUUCAUCCAGCAGGGAACCAGAACCGGUCAGGGACCGACUGCAGAACACACGACUGGCUGAAAACCAGCAACAGGAAGAGAAGAGGAAAAAUUCAGGCCUCUGUAAACAUCCACGAACGAGGUCGAAUAAGAGCCGUCAGAAAUCCAGAGUUCAAAGUGACGAUGCACACGGGUCCAAACUCAGGAGGCGGAGCAGAACUCUGAGCCAAACAGAAAAAAGUUUCUUUUCCUGUAAAGUGUGUGGCAAGAGUUUCUCCCAGAGUAGCCAUCUGAACAACCACAUGAGGUCACACACAAGUAAGAAACAACAUGCCUGUGAGGUCUGCGGUAAGUUUCUAAAUGACAAAGGUAGCUUAACAGUUCACAUGAGAACCCACACAGGUGAGAAGCCUUUCACAUGUCCCACCUGUGGGAAAAGUUUUGGUGCAAGGAGCAGCUUCAUUGCUCAUGUAAGAACUCACACAGGUGAGAAGCCGUUUCCCUGUCCGAGCUGUGAGAAAAGUUUCAUUGUAAAAAGUCAUCUAAUCACGCACAUGAGAAUUCACACAGGUGAGAAACCUUUUCAGUGUCUCACCUGUGGAAAACGGUUUGGUGCUAAAAGCAAUUUAAACACUCACAUGCGAACACACACAGGUGAGAAGCCAUUUGCAUGUGUGAGCUGUGGGAAAAGUUUCAGUGUAAGGAGUCACCUGAUCACUCACCUGAGAACACACACUGGUGAGAAGCCAUACUCCUGUCCAUAUUGUGGCAGAAGCUUCAGUUUACGGAGUCAUUUAAAUGUUCACAUGAGCACACAUACAGGGGAGAAACCUUUUCCAUGUGUGGCAUGUGGAAAAAGCUUCAGAGUGAGAAGCAGUUUAACAAUUCACAUGAGAACGCACACGGAUGAGAAGCUGCACAUCUGUGAUGUGUGCUGUAAAGGUUUCACUCAGAGCAGCCGUCUGGCUUCUCACAUGAGGAUCCACACAGGCGAGAGGCCGUUCGUAUGUCCCACAUGUGGAAAAAGUUUCAGUGCCAAAACAUAUCUGAAUACACACAUGAGGACUCACACAGAUGAGAAGUCCUAUCUGUGUGUGAUCUGUGGGAACAGCUUCAGUCGAAAAAGCAACUUGAACAGACACAUGAGGACGCACACGGGCGAGAAACCCUAUGAUUGUGAAAUUUGUGGGAAAUCCUUUGGAUGUAGCGGUAGCUUGACCGUCCAUAAGAGAUCUCACACAGGUGAGAAACCAUUCCCAUGUGUCACCUGUGGAAAAAGCUUUAGUGUAAGAAGUUACCUCGUAAUUCACAUGCGAACCCACACAGGUGAGAAGCCUUUCCCAUGCGUCACCUGUCAGAAGAGCUUCCUUUUACGGAGUCAUUUGACUCGUCACAUGAGAGUUCACACCGGCGAGAAGCCGUUCCCAUGUUCGACCUGUGGGAAAGGUUUCAGUGUGAGAUGUCACAUGAUGGCUCACAUGAGAACUCACAAACAGGAGAAAGGUCUUUCUGACACAUGGUCUGUGGGAAACGUCUCCAAGGAGUUGAGACUUCCGGUUAGCCUCCUGCUAGCAGCUGUGCUGUGUCCGGGUUCUGCUGCGGUUCUGUUGCGGUUCUGCGCAGCAACAAUGUGUUCCGUUGAGCCUCUGAGGGAGUUUAUCAGAGAGAGACUAACUGCUGCUGCUGAAGAAAUCUUCACCCAGCUGGAAAAAACCAUCGUCCGGUACGAGGAGGAGAUCGACCGGCAGCGGAGGCUGCUGGACCUCAGCUGGACCCGAACCGAGCAGAACCCCGCAGGUUUUCCACCUGAUCGUCUCUGUGAGGACGUCGUCCGUAACGACCAGGAGGAAGUCAGACCUCCACAGCAAGAGCUACAACUCCCCGAGAGUAAAAGGAAGAAGAAGAAGAAACCACUGCAGCAUCAAGAGGUCAAAGAGGAACAUGAAGAACUGUGUGUCAGUCAGGACGCCGAGCAGCUCGUCCUGAAGCAGGAAACGGAAACACUGAUGGUGACAGUCGAGUAUGAUGAAGCUGAACCAAGCAACGACCCACUCUUCCCUCAGAGAUCUCCCAAAGCCCAGACUCAGGAGUCAGGGACGAGCAGGUCUGAGGAGCUGGAAGCAAACUGUCUGUCUGAACCAAACACAAGUAGAACACCUGCCAAAUGUGACUUCUGUGAGAAAGAGUUCAGGUUUCAGUACGCCAUGAGGAGGCAUCGCAAAAUCCACACCGGAGAGAAGCCGUUCUCCUGCAAGACCUGUGGGAAGAGUUUCAUCCGAAAGUUUGCUCUGCUGACCCACAUGAGGGUCCACACUGGGGAGAAGCCAUACUCCUGCUCCGUCUGCGGGAAAUGUUUCCGCUGCAGCAGCGACCUGUCAAAGCACACUAGCAUCCACUCCAGUGAGAAACCGUACUCCUGUGAGACCUGCCGGAAGAGCUUCACCACCAAGCGCAGUCUGAUCCUCCACAGCAGGUGUCACUCAGAGGAGAAACCUUACUUCUGUCCCAUUUGUCACAAAGGCUUCAGGAGGAGCGACAACCUUUCAGUUCACAUGAGAACCCACAUGGAUGAGAAACUGUUCACAUGUGAGUUCUGUGGUAAAAGUUUCAACCAGAACGUCCAUCUGGUGAUCCACAGGAGGACCCAUACAGGAGAGAGCCCGUUCCCAUGCAGCAUGUGUGAGAAACGUUUUAAGAACCGCUCUGCGCUAAACAGUCAUCUCCGGCUGCACUCUCCAGACCCGCUGUAGGUAACCAGAACAGAACCAGUACAGAACCAGAACAGAACCAGGAGCUCUGGUGACACAAACAUUUUCAGAUUGUUUUAUUCCUUCUGGUUCCUUUGAGGGGUUUCCAUGGUUAUCAGAAGCUAACUUUUGAGUGAACGGAGCUGUAGGCUCGCCUAGAGGUCCAGUUGUAAAGUCUUGGUUCUGGUUCCAUCUGGACCAAUCAGGAGCUUCAGAUGACACAUCCUGAGUGACCUCAGAAUGACUCCGCCCACUGUCCCCCAGCUGAUGCUAAGCCUGCUGCCGUCUGCUUUACCAGAGUUACUGGGCCAGAACCCAGAGGUUCUGGUUCUGCUGGAAGGACUGAAGGAGUCGGUUGGAGGUGGAUGUUCUAGUCUCGGUUCUGGUCAGAUGAUCAUCUGGUACUGAGCUGCUCCAGAUGUUCGGAGGAGGUUCUGUUGUCCUGCUGCUCCGUAAAAACCCAGAGUGACCAAUCAGAGCGACAGGAGAGCGUCAGGAGGCGGAGCUUCGUUCUCCCUGAUGUUUUGCUUUCCGGUCAGAACCGGCUGUCCUCAGAACUGCAGACCAUGAGGACUGAAGGUCUGGAAACGUCCGGUGACCUUCUGACCUCUUGAUCCCAUCCAGGUUCAUCGGGAAUUGGUCCGUUUUGCAUCUGAACGCAUGAAUUAUAUCUGUAGAUUUUUUUUCAAUUUAAAUGUUAAAUAAAUCUAAAUAAUCCGAUAACGUAGAUGUUUUCAGAUAUGACAAAAUCAGCUUCAGUUCAGCAGAAACAUUUUAAUAACUUUCUGACAUGUUUAUUAAGAACAUGAAGAUUUUUGCUGUGAAAUGCUUUUAGAUUUUCACACCAGGGAUGAAUUGGAGGAAACGAUGUUUUAAAUCAGGAAUGAAAUUAUUCCUGAAUGAUCUUUUUGUUUAGACACAAACUUUAAAGUCACUAAAUGUUUUUAUUAUUUCUGAGCUGCAGAUGUUCAAUAAUUCGACUAUUAAAAGAAGAAUGAAAAUGUUGUAAAUAUUUUUAGGAAAUGACCUCAGUGAUGUUUCUAUCCAGAGGAUUCUACAUUUGUUCACACACCAGACUUUGACUGGACCUGCCCAGAACCAGAACUGGGAUCCGGUUCUGGUUCUGGUUUCAUGGUUUUCAGUUUAACUGUUUCAGAUUCUUAACUUUUAUUGUAACUGUCAUUUUUUUCUGGCUGAAUGUUUGAAAUCACUUCCUGUUUCUGCGUUUCUUUCUGAGUCAUAAAUUCCACCCAAAGUUUC